AUGGCAUUUGAUCGAGAUAUAGAUAUUACCGCUAUCUCAAUAAGAUUAAUCGCAUGUCUUAUUUUAACGAUAAUUCGUUGUAAUCCAUAUGAACGUCAUAUAUUACGUGAUAUAACAAUAGAAACAAUUGGACAUAUUAAAUGUUCAAAUUUGAAUUUAUUUUUACCAGAUGAUCAUAUUGAAUAUAUAACAUUACUUGAAUGGCUUUAUACAUCUAUAAAAUGUGAUAAGAAAACUAGCAUCACAAAAGAGAAAACUUAUUUUGAGAUAAAACAUAAAGCUAAAAAAGCAUUUAAAAAUAAUCCAUUAGAAUUAAUACGUGUUGGAUCAACAGGUCCUAGUAAAUUACAUUGGAAUGCAAAAGAUUUUCAAUUAUAUUUUGAACAUCCACAACGAAAAUUAUCAAUCAGUCAUACAGAACAAAUAGGUGAAAGUAUUUCAACAGACGUCUAUUCGUUCAAAUCUCGACCUAUUCUUUGUCGUGAAAGACGCUUUGCAUCUGAACAUCCAUGUUUUAAUAAUAAUCAGAAUCAAAAUUUUUCAUAUGUUUGUUAUUAUAAAAUUGGCAUUGCAGAACUACCAACAAUAGCUGAAAUGGAAAAGGAAAUAAAAACAUUACCAAAUGAUAUUGAUCCUGAUGAGAAUUCAAUAGUAGAUCUUUAUAUAGAUAAAACAAUUAAAAAAUAUUCAUCAUGGAAUCUUGCUCAAGAUUCUUCUCAUUUACUCCAUCAUAUGCAAGAUAACUUCCUUUAA